AUGAAUUUUCCUUCACUCGUCAUUAUAACAUCAUUCAUGAGGAAAGGCUUUCUCUGGCCGUUCCUUUCCCUGGUGCUGGCCGUGGUUGCAGUGGUGUUAGUUAUUGUCACAGUUAAUGAAAGGUGGAGACAUGUCAAAGAUGUUCAAACGUUGACCAUAAAAUUGCGAGAACUUUCUCAAAAAAAAUCUCCGAGGUUUACGAGAAAAUUAUUAGGUGUUGAGGAGCCUCUAAUCUUUAUAGGUGGUGUACUAGAAUCUGGGACUACGCUCUUGCGAACAAUGCUCGAUUUCCAUCCUGACAUUCGAUGUGGCAAAGAAACAGUCAUAAUCACGUCAGUGUUGUACAUGAGGGAACAAUGGGCCAACAACCACUUACUAGAAGUGGCGAGUUCCAGCGGCGUUACUCAGCAAAGUCUCGAUGAUGCCUCAUCGGCGUUUAUCUCGGAGAUUAUCACAAAACAUGAUGUGAUGGCGAAACGGUUGUGCAACGAAGAACCGUACUCGGCAGCAUUUAUGGUGUUCCUCAAUCGAAUGUUCACUAACUCGAAGCAUAUUCUAAUGAUCCGUGAUGCUAGAGCUACUAUAUAUUCCAUGACAAAGAGAAAUAUGUCUAUCGCUGGCUACAAUCGAACCAAUUUCCCGCAAAUGUUCGAAAUGUGGAAUGUUCAGCUGACAAAAAUGAUCAAUAUGUGCAUGACUGUGAAGGAAUCGUGUCUCAUUGUGUUCUAUGAACGAUUAAUACAACGAACUGAAAGCGAUGCUCGACGAAUUUUGAAGUUUCUCGACGUUCCAUGGUCAGACGAUGUGAUACAACUUCAAAAAAUCGAUGCAAAAGAAACACUAAAUCGUAACGAGACUUCAACCUCACAAAUGAAGGUGAAUGCGCACAUGAAAUCGUUGACCUCUUGGUUUGGAUUCUUCUCGAACAACACCUUAGACAAACUCGAUAAAUUGGCUCCACUUCUGAAAAAACUAGGAUACGAUACUUCAUCCCACGAGCCCAACUACACCAUCUUUACUGUAGAUGAUUUCUAUGAGAAGUUGGAUUUUUCGAAACUGUUUCGAUGA